CGUUUCGAUGAUGGCGGCCGCGGAAGAGGGCUCCACCGGGGGCGGCGGGUCAAACCUGUGUCGGGGGGAGUUCAUCUCGUCCGUGGCGGCAUCCCUCGGUCUCGGUCUCGCCUUGGCGGUUUCACCCAAGGCUGCCCAAGCGAGCGUUAACUUCGAGACGGAACGGUACGGAGACAAAGAGCUCAAGAUCGCCACCGUCAACAAGCUCAGGCAACAGAUACGAAACUCCUUGCUGGAGGACCCCAAGUUAGCGCCGGAGAUGCUCAAGCUGGCCAUCGCGGACGCCCUUGGGUUCGACGCGUCGACCCAGACGGGCGGACCCGAUGGCUCUGUGGUGCUAGAGCUGGACAGGGAAGUGACGAAGAGCCUGAAGCCAGCGGUGGAGAAUGCGCUCAAGAUCAAAAAGAACCUGCAGCGCACGAAUGAGAUGACCCUCGCCGAUGUUAUUUCCAUGGGGGGAGCGGAGGCUAUCCACGCUUGCGGAGGCCCUCCCAUGCUCGUGCAGCUCGGAAGGUAUGACGAGAAGAAGGCGCCCAACCCUGCCGCGGACAUCAAAGGCUACAGCUUCGACGAGCCCACCGGAGCGGGAGUCAAGGCCGCGUUCAAGCGGGCUGGCCUUGGGCCCAGGGAGAUGGUGCUGCUACUGGGAGCUCUCGGGAGUGUCUCGGAUGCGGCUAGUGCUGUGGGGAACGGCGGGGGCGACGGGGAUGACGACGACUUGGAGGACCUGGCAUGGCAGAACAGCAUCCCCAACACCUUCGGGAAGGAGUCCGACAAGCUCGGGAGGCCGCUGUCCAACUCCUUCGGGACGGGUUUCCUGCAACGGGUCGCCGCGGCUGGAAAGGACGGAGGGGGGGUAGGGGUGGUGGGGAAGGCGCUCCUGGAAGACGAUGAGGUCAAGACGUACGUGAGAAAAUACGCGGGGAACUCAAAGGCGUUCAUGUCAGAUCUAUCUGAGGCCUACACCAAGAUGACGUUACUCGGGGAGCGCUAUGAGACGCGCAACGCCGUUUAAGAUGGGACGAUGAACACCGUUUUUUAUUUCGUCUCUUCGGGUUUAUCAUGCUGUAGCUGAUGUCACGAUGGGCCUGAUGUGAAGCUGAUCUCACGAUGGGUCUGAUGUGAUGUUCAAUGAUAACUGGAGAAGAAAGGGGCUGGAGAUCACCUCAGUAUGACAGUGGUCGGGCGUCGCUUAAACCCGAAGGCUUCUUUUUUUUCGUGUUGUGCCAGCAACACGUUCGUCCCCUGUUAGAAGUUGCCGGGCGCGGAAAUCUGUCGUCGCUGCUGGUGGGGGUCUAUGAACUUUUGUACGAGGCUGCGCCCCCCAUCUGCGGUUCAUUACGAAGUAUCGAUGAAGAACACCCAGCAUGACCAUGGUUCAAGGCAGCGGUAGCGCCGGUGUCUUCAGUGACAGUAGCGGCAGUGGCCCGGGUACAGAGGGCUCCUGGGGGUAGGCUGGUGUGGUGGUAGCACCUCGCAUGGCAAAGAAAAGGGAGCAGCUGCUUGUGAAAUGUAAACCGCGAGGAGAUAGAGACGCGCAGGGCAGAGUCUUGGCUUGCUGCGCCUUGGGUUGUCGUUAGAGCGCGACGGACUCUUGCAAUAGAACAGGGCGGGUGGCAGGAGUGCUGCACUGUCGAAAAAGAAAAGAACAAAGUUGUCCGGCUUGCGGAAACUGGGUAUUAUAUUAGUAGUAGACAGGCAAGGAGAGGCUGACAUAUACAUAGAGGCACGGUCAAUGUCGUCGUGAAAAACUGGUGUUAUUGUACGCUCGUCGGCCCUGGAUAGGAAGAGCUGUUUAUUGCGGGCGGGUGGUCGCUAUAGGGCAGGUGGAAAGCUCUUGUUGCAGACACAGUAGAGUACCGUCAAUGACGCAAGAUAGCACACCCCCUGGACCGAUUUUCAAAUCCCGAUUUCUCAACAGCAGAUAGAUCCACAGCGCCGAAACAACGGUGUGAAGCUAACUCGUCGAGAGUUUUUCGAAAACGUGUCGUUUCAUUUGUGCAUCCUCUUCGUCGUGGAGUAAUCGAGCUUUGAAAAUUGGUCGAGGGGGUGUGUUAUCUUGUGUCAUAUAUGGUAGUCAUGUUGAUUGUCGCCUCGAACAGGGAGGGUGCCCAAUAUUGGGCGGGUGAGCCAGCGUGGCACAAAGUCCUACACCUGCCUUGUUGUAGAGAGCCCACGACGGCUUUCGCGUGCACCAAGUAGCCGGCGUUCCGCGUUUUUUGUUGGCGUCCUCGUGGGGAGCGAGCGGGUUCAGAGGGCAGAGAAGGUGAGCGUGAUGUGUACACUGUUUGAUGAAGCAUUAACGAAGCACGUCACAUUAUGCUCCCAUCGCACCAGAAAGCGCACAUGGAUCGGUGUGUUUUAAUUAUUGGCAUCGACCGCGCUAUCCGGCUGAUCAAUGACAAGACGUGAGUGUCAGCGGAUGAAACCAAGAUCGGUGUGUGUGUGUGUUCGUUCGUAACCAAGGGGCGGGGGGGAGGCGGAGAAUCAUGACCGCUCUGUGUCUGAUGGCCAAGUUUAGGACGAGCUUGGGUGGACCCCUCACAGAGACGGCGCCAAUGACCUACAUGCACGGUACGAGUUCGUCCCAUCCCGUACCGCAUUAUUCUCGAACCGCCGUGCGAUAUUGUCCGGACCGGUCGCCCUGGUGGUCUAUUGGGUAGCCUCGCAGCCUG